GGAUAUAUAAACCGCGAAACGGCGAAAAUUCUGUGUGUAAUUUUUAAAAUUCAUUCAGUUCAGAAGUUGUUGGAGCGCACAACUCACAUCAUCAUUAAUUAAUUUAUAAUAUUUUUUUUUAAAAGCAAAGCAAAGCAAAAAAAAAUCUACGACAAGACUUGCUGCCAAUUUAGGAUUAAAAUAACUUGGAAACAGAUAUCUCAACAAAUAAAAUGGCACCAGCAAUUGGUAUCGAUCUUGGAACAACUUACUCGUGCGUUGGAGUCUGGCAGCACGGUAAAGUCGAAAUAAUAGCCAAUGACCAAGGAAAUCGUACUACACCGAGUUAUGUGGCUUUCAAUGAUACCGAGAGAUUAAUCGGCGAUGCAGCUAAAAAUCAGGUUGCCAUGAAUCCAAAGAACACUGUCUUUGAUGCGAAGCGUCUGAUCGGUCGUCGUUUCGACGAUCAAAAGAUCCAAGAAGACAUGAAGCAUUGGCCAUUCACCGUUAUCAAUGACUGUGGCAAGCCGAAGAUUCAAGUCGAAUUUAAGGGGGAGCUGAAGAAAUUCGCUCCAGAGGAAAUUAGUUCAAUGGUUCUUACGAAGAUGAGAGAAAUUGCCGAAAUCUACCUUGGCAGCAAAGUUACUGAUGCUGUAAUUACGGUUCCAGCUUAUUUUAACGAUUCACAGCGGCAAGCAACUAAAGAUGCUGGAUCGAUUGCCGGAAUAAAUGUGUUGAGGAUAAUAAACGAACCUACAGCAGCUGCGCUGGCCUAUGGAUUGGAUAAGAGUUUGAAGGGCGAGAAAAAUGUUCUUAUCUUCGAUCUUGGGGGUGGGACGUUUGAUGUAUCCAUUUUGACUAUUGACGAGGGAUCGCUUUUCGAAGUGAAAUCGACGGCUGGCGAUACUCACUUGGGUGGAGAAGAUUUCGACAAUCGAUUGGUCAAUCAUUUCUCCGAGGAGUUUAAACGCAAGUACAAAAAAGAUUUGCAAGGAAACCCCCGUGCAUUGCGUCGUUUGAGAACUGCUUGCGAACGAGCGAAAAGAACUUUGUCGUCCAGUACUGAAGCGUCGCUGGAGAUUGAUGCGUUGCAUGAGGGUGUCGACUUUUAUGCAAAGAUAACCCGAGCCAGAUUUGAAGAAAUGAAUAUGGAUCUGUUCAGGUCCACACUUCAGCCGGUUGAACGUGCCUUGGCCGACGCCAAACUUGACAAAAGUGCAAUUCACGAAGUGGUUCUAGUCGGUGGUUCCAUUCGAAUUCCGAAAAUUCAGAAAAUGUUACAGGACUUCUUCUGCGGCAAAGCACUGAAUUUAUCGAUCAACCCUGACGAAGCGGUUGCCUAUGGAGCUGCUGUACAGGCGGCCAUUUUAACGGGUGAAGGAAGUUCUAAGAUCCAAGAUGUUCUCUUGGUCGACGUAACACCGUUGUCAUUGGGCAUCGAGACAGCUGGUGGUGUCAUGACGAAAAUUAUUGAACGCAACGCCAGAAUUCCAUGCAAGCAACAGCAAACUUUUACCACAUACAGCGAUAACCAAAACGCAGUCACCAUUCAAGUGUACGAGGGUGAACGUGCCAUGACCAAAGAUAACAAUUCGCUGGGCACAUUUAAUUUGACAGGAAUUCCACCAGCUCCUCGAGGCGUUCCGAAAAUCGAAGUAACGUUCGAUCUGAAUGCAGAUGGUAUUUUGAAUGUCUCGGCAAAAGAUAAUAGCAGUGGUCGGUCCGAGAAAAUUACAAUCACCAACGAUAAGGGUCGUUUGUCCAAGGCCGACAUUGAUAGAAUGCUGUCUGAAGCGGAAAAGUAUCGCGAAGAAGAUGAAAAGCAGCGUGAGAAAAUUGCAGCCAGGAAUUCGCUGGAAGGUUACAUAUUCGGAUGCAAACAGGCCGUUGAAGAUGCAGCACCUGGAAAAAUAUCUGACACCGAUAAGCAAUUGGUAAAGGAUAAGUGUGCUAGUGAGAUGGCCUGGUUAGACUCGAAUACACUCGCCGACAAAGAAGAGUUCGAACAUCACUUGAAGGAGCUACAAAAGGUCUGCAGUCCGAUUAUGGCAAAAAUGCAUGGUCAGGGUGGUGACAGUCAAGGAGGGCAAGCUGGCGGAGCAAAGGGACCAACUGUUGAAGAAGUUGAUUAAAAAUCUUAAGCACAUAAUGUUAACAAUAUUGUUACAAAAAAAAGUGCUAAAUAGCAAAUCAAUGCGA